AUGGCAGCUAAAAAUGCAGUAAACAUUCAGCACGGGCCUUUUUAUUCACACGUAUCUUCAUUUUGGGCUGCUGCUGACAGGUCUGAGGAACUGACCGGAUGCUGCCGGCCGCCUGGGUCCCAUCAGCUGCCAGUUGUCCUGUCCUCCUGUGCCCUUUGUCUCCAGCUCUUCUUGUCCCCUUCCUCAUCCCUGCUGCUACUGCUCCCCCAUCCCCACCAUUCCAUCACCAGUCCCCAUUCUAACUCACCUAAUGCCUGGCAGGAUGUGGAUUUUGGUGAACAGAAGGAUAUUUCAAAAAUCAACUUAGCUGCAGGAUUGGACCUCUUUCAAGGGGACAUCCUUCUGCCGAAAUCAAGAAAUGGCCUGAGGGACCCAACUGCCAGAUGGACGUUCCCCAUCCCGUACAUCCUGGCGGACAAUCUGGAGCUCAAUGCCAAAGGAGCCAUCCUCUCUGCCUUAGAAAUGUUCCGCCUCAAGUCCUGUGUGGAUUUCAAGCCCUAUGAAGGAGAGAGCUCAUACAUCAUAUUUCAGCAGUUUUCUGGGUGCUGGUCUAUGGUUGGUGAUCAACACGUGGGACAGAACCUCUCCAUUGGCACAGGGUGCGACUACAAAGCCAUCAUCGAGCAUGAGAUUCUGCAUGCUUUGGGUUUUUACCACGAGCAGUCGAGGACCGACCGGGAUGACUAUGUGACCAUCUGGUGGAAUGAGAUUAUCCCAGGUUAUGAGCACAACUUCAACACCUACGAUGACAACAUCAUCACAGACCUCAACACGCCCUAUGAUUACGAGUCGCUGAUGCACUACGCACCUCUCUCAUUUAACCAGAAUGACAAUGUCCCCACCAUCACGACCAAGAUCCCUGAGUUCAACUCCAUCAUCGGGCAGCGCCUGGACUUCAGCGCCAUUGACUUAGAGAGGCUGAACCGGAUGUACAACUGCACCACAACGCACACCCUUUUGGAUCACUGUGCUUUUGAGAAGACAAAUAUCUGCGGGAUGAUCCAGGGCACCAGAGAUGAUGCAGAUUGGGUCCACGAGGAGAGCACACAAACCGGACAAGGGGACCAUACCUUGGGCGGCCGGUGCACAGGUGCCGGCUACUCCAUGCACCUCAACACGGGCACGGGAGCCUUGGAAGAGGCGGCCCUGCUGGAGUCUCGGAUUCUCUACCCGAAGAGGCAGCAGCAGUGCCUGCAGUUUUUUUACAGAAUGACAGGGAGCCCCUCCGAUCGACUGGUCGUUUGGGUCAGAAGGGAUGACGGCACUGGCAACGUCCGCAAGCUGGUCAAGGUGCAGACCUUCCAAGGAGAUUCUGACCAUAACUGGAAAAUUGCCCACGUGACACUCAGAGAGGAAAAGAAGUUUCGCUACCUUUUCCAGGGCACAAAAGGCAACCCUCAGAACUCGGCGGGGGGCAUUUCCCUGGAUGACAUCACCCUGACGGAGACACCCUGCCCGGCUGGGGUGUGGACAGUACGGAACAUCUCCCAGGUCCUUCAGAACACAGUGAAAGGGGACAAGCUCCUGAGCCCUCGGUUCUACAACUCCGAGGGAUAUGGUUUUGGGGUGACCUUGUACCCCCAUGGCAGAGCAACCUCCACUGCCUCUGGCUACUUGGGUCUGGCUUUUCACCUGUGCAGUGGGGAGAACGAUGCUAUCCUGGAGUGGCCGGUGCAGGACAGGCAGGCGAUCAUGACAAUACUUGACCAGGAGACAGACGUGAAAAACAGGAUGUCCUUGAGCAUGAUGUUCACGACCUCCUUGUCCCACACAUCUGCAGCUAUCAACGGCUCUGUCAUCUGGGACAGGCCGUCCGUGGUGGGCUCCUAUGACAUCGACUGCGAUUGCUUUAGGAGCAUUGACUUGGGCUGGAGCAAUGCUAUCUCCCACCAGAUGCUGAAAAGGAGGAGUUUCCUUAAAAAUGAUGACCUCAUUGUUUUUGUGGACUUUGAAGACCUCACCCACCUGAGACAAACAGAAGUUCCAGUGCGCACUACAGACCGGAGGCUGAUCCCUGCAGGCCUUGUACUCCAAGGAGAGGAGCAGCAGGCCUUGGGAGAAGGUGCUAGAAAGUCUAUGUUAGACGAAGCCCCACCAAUUAGCUUGGGCAGACAGAAGCGGUCUGUGGAGAACACCAGCCCCCUGGAAGACCAAAAUGGGCCACAGUAUUUCAGAGACCCAUGUGACCCUAACCCGUGCCAGAACCAGGGCGUGUGUGUGAACGUGAAGGGUAUGGCAAGCUGCAGGUGCGUCUCUGGACACGCCUUCUUCUACACAGGUGACCGCUGUCAGGCCAUGCAGGUGCACGGCAGCAUUGUGGGCCUGAUGAUUGGAGGCACAGUCAGUGUGAUCUUCCUCACCUUCACCAUCACCUCCCUAAUUCUCCAAAGGCCAAGGCCAUGACCCACCAUGGACAGUGCCUGGCUGCAGAGAUGCCUCCCCGACUCCGACCUCCCCUCCCUGCGGGCAGCGAUCUGGGCAGUUUCCAGUUUGCUUUGAAUUGGCUUCCAGAGACUGUGCCUCGGCUUCCUGCGUGAUUCUUUUCGUUUUCCUGCCUCCACCUGGUCCUGCUGCCAUGCCGGGAUGUCUUGUGACAAUGCGCAUCCCCUGCGAUCAGCUUUGCUAUAUAGCUGUGAGCUCGCUGCCUGCUGGAGGCAGGGACCUGUAACCCUCACUACCAUGCUGCCCCGUGCCUGCAGGGUGCCCAGUGGUACCCACACGGUGGGUAGAUGGUGAAUGGAUGAACCAAUAAAUGAAUGAAUAACCAUGAUAAAGAAACUCUCCUGUUUCUGUUUUGGAUCAGGAACGCAGAAGGAAAUCCAGUUGUGUGUGCAUUAAUCAGACACUCGAUUUUCAUCAGACAGAAUGGUGUUAUGACCCUUUUAACAUCUUUUUAAAGGAUUUCAAGUGAAGAGUCCUCUGGGAAACUGAGAUUCACAG